AUGUGUGGGUAUGCCAUGGCACCAGGAGUGACGGAUGUAUCGACAUUAUUAUACACCACAGUGGGAACAGGCUUAUGCAUCUCUUCAGCGAAUGCUAUCAAUCAAUGGAUCGAGGUACCUUACGAUGCUCAAAUGUUACGAACACGCAAUCGGGUGCUUGGUCGUCGUCAACUUUCUCCCUUUCAUUCAUUUAGUUUUGGUAUUCUGACCGGUGUGACAGGUGUGGGCAUGCUGGCAACCAUGGUGAAUCCUUUGACAGCACUUUUAGGGGCAAGCAAUAUUUUAUUGUAUACCUGUAUUUACACGCCUAUGAAACGUGCUUCCAUUGCCAAUACCUGGGCGGGUGCAGUCGUAGGUGCCAUUCCUCCCAUGAUGGGCUGGACGGCGGUGACCAACAAUUUGAUGGAUCCUGGAUGCUGGCUGAUGGGCGCUAUCUUGUAUGCUUGGCAAUUCCCUCACUUUAAUGCCUUGGCUUGGAAUUUACGUGCUGAUUAUUCAAAGGCUGGUUAUCGUAUGAUGUCUGUGACUGAUCCUAAACUCAAUGCUCGUGUCUCUCUACGUUAUAGUUUGGCCAUGAUGCCUUUGUGUUUGGCUGCUCCCUAUUUGGAUAUGACUUCAUGGUGGUUUGCUCUGGAUUCCUCAUUGGUCAAUGCUGGUUUGAUUUAUGGUGCUGUACGGUUUUGGAGAAGCAGUAAUGAAAAAACGGGUCGACAAUUAUUCUUUGGUAGCGUGAUUCAUCUUCCUAUUUUGUUGGCUUUGAUGAUGCUCCAUAAAACACACAACAAUGGCAAGAGUGAAGAUAUCAACAAUGAUUAUAUCCAUGACGAUGAACUUGAUGAUAAUAUUAGUAGUAGUAGCAAGGACUCUCUAGUAUCGGCAUGA